UCCACAUAUAGAAAUCCAAUGCUAAUGGCCCAGUUCUAUGAAUUUGAACUUCAUUUCAUCGACGUCGUCGUUUCCACCGCUUCCGAAAGGAAACGCCCGCAUCUGCAAAUCUGUAAUGGGAUUUGUAUCCGGUGCCGUCGAUGCCGUCAUCGUGCUUUUCUCGGCGGUGCUGAUUCUGGCGGCGCCGCUGAUAGACGGGCAAAUCUGUCUACCUGCUCGGUUCUACCAUCCGGCGUUGAUCGAUCUCAAGCGCUGGUACGUCGAGGAGUUCGGAGACUACUUGUCCAAAGAGAAACCUCACUUCUUUGUUGGCCUUGCUUGGAUUGAAAUCGUCCUGCUCUGGCCUCUCUCGAUCGCCAAUGUAUAUGGGAUACUUGCCCGUCGGCCCUGGGUUGCUACCACCUCAUUAAUGGCCGGAGUCUCUAUCAUCACUUCCAUGGCUGCACUGAUGGCAGAGCUUCUGGGUUCUGGUAGAUCAUCAGAUAAACUGCUGCAGAUAUACUCCCCAUUUGUAGCUUUCUCAGUUUUGGCAAUCCUAAAGGGACUCUUCUCUGGACCUCUCCAAACAGUUACCAAGCCAUCACAAGCACCCUUUGCUAGGAAGAAGAGAGCUUAGUCACUUCGCAAAUCUGAUUACUUCUACUGCUUUUGAACUUAAUUUCUGGUGGAAAAUGGGCAAGAUCUCUAAUCUUUUUUCCCCUAGAAAUUUACAGUCUUAAUGUAUGCUGUUGAAUUUGUUGAGAGCUCAGUUGAGAGGCUUGAGACUCAUAAUUGUUCCUUUUAUGUGAUAUUAGUUUUGUCAGACUAUCCUUCACAGGAAGAGCACCAUGCCUUGUCAAUCUUGUUUGCUUUUGCAUCUAAUUUAGGCUUCAUUUGAGA